AUGUCGGCCCUGUUCAAUUUCCAGUCUCUCCUCCUAGUCCUCCUCCUCCUUAUCUGCACCAGCACAUACGUCCACCAGAUGUUUCCUGCGCUGCUAGACAACCGCAAGCAAGGUCCGAUGGGCGUCUUCUGGAAGGGCGCGCGGAUAGGGGAACGGCUCAGCCCCUACAUCAGUCUCUGCUGCGUGCUGAUGGCGAUCUCGGUGUUUGUCGGCAACUAA